GGGAGAAGGCAAAGAGAAGUGAAAGGGAGGGGUGAGAAAGAUAAGCAGACGAAUAACGAGGAGAAUGAAAGAAAAGAAGAAAGGAAAAGAGAAGAGCAGAGAGAAAUAAUGACAAGAUUAUUGAACGAACGAAAUGAAGGAAAUAAGGCAAAAUAUGUGAGGAAGGAAAGAAGAGAAGAAUCGAACGAAGGAAGGAUAUUCUGGCUCUUUAACGGAAGUAAGUAGCGGAAGAGGCGUAAUUUGAAAAUUGCGUGGAAGAGAAUAAUAGAUUGACGGAAUGAAUGGAGGAAUGGUGUAUUUAAACGAGGACGAUUGACACGUGAGAAAUGAUAGAUGGAUAGUGAGGGAAAGUGAUAGAUAGAUAGAAAGAUAGAUAGAGAGAGAGAGAGAGAGAGAGAAAGCGAAGGGGGUUGGCGAAAGACAUAUACAGAGAGAGAAUAGAUAGAUAGACAGAGGUUGAGAGAGAGAGUGAUGGAGAAUGGGAAGAAAAAAAGAUAGACAGAGAUAAUAGAUGUAUAAACGUAAGGAAAUGUGAAUAGAGUGAUGGGGGCUUGGGGGAAAGAGACAGACAGAGGAGAAGAAAAUAGAUGGAUAAAAUAAAGGAGAUAUCGAUAGAUAGAUAGGUAGAUAGAUAGAUAGAUAGACAGAUAGAUAGAUAGAUAGACAGACAGGUAGAUAGGUGGAUAAAUAGAUAGAUAGAUAAGUAGAUAGAUAGAUAGAUAAAUAGAUAGAUAGGUAGGUAAAGAAUGAGAUAGGGAGAGAGACAGAGAUGAAUAGAUGGUGGUGAGAAAGAGAAAUAGAAGGAAUAGAUAGAGACAAGUAGAGAGAGAGAUAGAUAGAUAGAUAGACAGAGACAGAUAGAUAGAUAGAUAGAUAGAUAGAAUGUGAAAGAGAGGAGAAAUAUAUAGUUUAUUGAAUAGAAAGAGAGAAAUGAGAAGCUAGAUAGAGAGAUGAGGAAAAAGAAAGAGGAGUUGAGAGAAAUGUAUUCAGGAAUAUAGUGAGAGACAAAAGUUAUAAAGAGGGAAGGAAAGGGGGAAAUAUGUCUCGUUCUCCCUCUUUCUUUAUGUUCCAUUCUAGGAGAGCAGAGAAAGGGAGACAUAGGAGAAAGAAUCGAAAGAGAGGGAGAAAUGUGUGUUUGUAUAUGUGUGCAAUAGAGAGAGAGAGAGGCGAGAGGGGAGAGAUAGAAAGGGAGAGAGAUACAGAGAAGAACAGUGUGUGUUUUACGUUAUGUGCAUGUAUGUGUAUGAGGAGAGAGAGAGAGAGGAGGAGAGAGAAAAGGAAAAAGUAAAGACAGGUAGAGAGGAAGAAAGCAGUUACAGAAUAAUGGAAUGAAGGAAUGGACAUAACGAGAUGAACUUAAAAACCAAAAAAUAAAACGGAAAAAAAAACGGGAGGGGGAAGACCGAAAUUGCAAACAAGGAAUAUCACAGGAGGAGAAGGAUGAGGAAGAGGGGAAGUGGAGGAAGGGGAGGAGACCCGGAGACAAGAGAAGGAAAAGAGUGAAGCAGUUCGGAAAUCGAACGAACGCAAGUGGUAGCGUUGAACAGAAUGACAGAAUAGCAAGAGGAUGUGUUCGGUAUUUGAGAGAAAAAAAAAAACAAAAAAAUCAGGUGAAAAUAAACCAACAAAUAAAAAGCAAAACACGAGAAUGAAUGGAUGGGAGGCAAUUCUUGUGGCGAAGAGCAAAGGUGGAAUUUCUCUAAGGAAGGACAUAGCACCCACGUUCUCUCUCUCUUUCUCUCUUUUUUCUUUUCCUUUUCCGAGUGGAUUUUGACAGAAUAUAAGAAUGUGGAGGAAUAAUACCACGUGAGCCGCUGGUAAGCACAUCGAACCCGUUUCAUUAAGUGAAACCAGCCAGUUUUUCUGACCACCCCUCCAGAACUCCUUUUUCCUGGCAUUGAAGCUACAGAUUUUGGACGGACAUAGUGAGCACAUUUACAGUGUCUCUGAUACACAAUUCUGCCUGGAUAUACAACUUCAUCUUGUGGAUAUGCUGUUUUUUUUUUUUUCCUGCUGGAUUUACUCAUCCUGUUUCUUCUGAUAAAUUGUAUGGAAAGUAUAACCCUGUCUUCCAGAGGACAAAAUAACAUUCUUUCAUCUGGAGAAAAAAAAACCCCCCAAAAAAACAAACAUCUUUUAUACUCAACACCCAACAUCUAAUUUUUUUCUGGAUAUACCAACACAUUUCAUGGACAUACUAUCAUUUGUAACAAAUAUAUAAUUUGUUCUUCAAGCAGGAUAUGCAGACUAAUGUGUUUGCAGAAAAACUAAUACUGUUAUGUAAUAUACCUCUCGCAGUUUCACAUUUCCUUCACCCAUACAAACAUAUCUUUCGUUCCAGGCAUACAGUUCUGUUUAAAUAUACAACCUUUUGUAUAUCCUGAAGGAACUGUCAAAAUAUAUAUAUAUAUAUAUAUAUAUAUAUAAGUCAAAUCUGUUUUAAUAUUACCUUGUUUUGCCUGUGAUCAUCUGAGGUUAAACAAAACAUCAGCAUCAACAUCCUACAUACCUACAUUAAUAUAAAAUUUCAUCAUAAUCUUUGAAACAUUAACAUUUGGGACACCAUGAGAGACUUUUUCACCAUAUAUUUCAAGUUGAAUUCUUCAGAUCUUUUAGAGAAAUCAACCAGACAGCAUCGGUUCCAUUGUGGAUCGAAAUGACAUUUAGUAAGAAACCCAACCAAACAAAAACACAUCAAUUUUAGAUUUUGCUUUAGUUUAAACAAAGUCGAAUUAACAUUCCUCAGGAUGCUGACUUUAUUACCCAUGAUACUUGUGCCAUUUUCACUGGCGAACACUUAAAUGCAAUCCAUUUAUAAUUUUCAAUCAAUGUAAAGCAAGCAUAGGGCAAAGAAAUACCUUACCGACUUUGUCAGACGAGGCUGCUUUGACAGCCACAUCCGUCUGAACAUUUGGAUCCAUUGACGCGAUGCACACUGAAGUAUACACACAUGCGUCGUAUUCGUAUUACUCGGAACCUCAGUAUGUUCUUGCUUUGAAGAUCAUUUCAUUGGCUCUGAUCAUAUUCACCGGUAUUCUUGGCAACAGCAUGGUUGUCUACACAAUAAUCAGAGACAAACGCUUACACCGGCCACCAUUUUAUUACCUGGUCAGUCUGGCCAUGUCAGAUUUAGCUCGAUCAGUGUUUUGCCUGCCUUUUGUAUUAACCACUGUAAUCCAGGGUUAUGUGUGGGUGUAUGGCGAGAACGCAUGUAUCCUGGUUGGCUUCACAAACACUUUUUUUAUCUACAGUUCUGCCGUAACCUUUCUCCUUAUAUCAGGUGACAGAUAUGUCGGUGUGGUACAGACUCGCUUUUAUCGACGCAAAUGUGGCGGCCUGCUGUCACUUGCGUUCAUCGUGUUUGGAUGGGGUGUAGCAUUUUUAGUGUCUUUCCCACCUAUCUUUGGGCUAGGUAGCUACACAUUUGUGCCAAGUGAAGCUCAGUGCACAUAUUCACACACACACUACAGGUCAAAUGAUACGCUCGUCUUUUUAUUAGUGUUUACAUUCAUAAUGAGCCUGUCGCUGCUUCUUUAUUACCGGAUACUAAUGUUUUUAAGAAACCAUCGCAAAAUGUACCCAUUUUUCCAUCAGCCAGCACGUAGUAACAACUGGACGUUUCUAGGACCCGGCGCCAAUGGACAGGCUUUAGUGAACUGGUUAAAUGGUUUUACUGGAUUCAGGCAAAACCCUUGGCUUAAUCCUAUAGCAGCUGGUUUUCAAAUGCCCCCACGACAACUUGGACGGACAGUCAACUUAAAAGUUGUGAAAGGGGAACACCUCAGUCGACUGUUUUUCACUGUUACCCUUGUUUUCGACAUCCUAUGGGUCCCAUAUUUGGUAUUGUCUUACUGGCAGGUUUUCGAGGUUUCCCACCAGCUGUCAUCGACUUUCAUUGGUGUGGCAGCAUGGUGCAGCUAUCUUGCAGUUGCUGUCAACCCGUUAGUAUAUCUCUGCUGUAGUGGCACUUUACGGAGAGCCUUUCGCCCGGAAAUAGAAAGUUAUUCAAAACGAGGUACUCUUAGAGAAUAAAUGGUAUUGGAAAUAGAUUUUGAAGGUACUUGAAACGAAGCUGUGUAAGAGAAUUAAUAAUGGUAAAAAUAAUAAUAACUGGAAAUAGGAAAGGUUUCCAUAAUGAGCUAUCGUCAGAAGAAUUGUUGUGUUGGGUAAUUAAAAAAGCUAUUCAGAAUGAAGUAGUAAGAGAGAGAAUAUAUAUAUAUGUAUAUAUAUAUAGUAUAUAAUUGGAAAUGACAUACCGUAUGAAAUCUGAAACUGGAAAACAGUGUAAAAGCUACUUAAGUGUGUAUGUGUGUGUGUUCACAUGUGCACAUGCAUAUGGUAAAUGAAAAUGUGCAUAUAUAUAUAUAUAUAUAUAUAUAUAUAUAUAUACACACACACACACAUACGCAUGCAAAUAUGUGUACAAAUAUGUGUUUUGGCUGACACAUAUGUGCAUAUAUGUAUGCUCAGGUGGUUAUAGGAAUGCUGCAGUAAUUUAUAUAUAUAUAUAUUGAUAUUAUAUGAAUGUGGAUGUGUGACCUCAUCUUGGAGGAAUGUAAAAGAAUGGAGCAGUGACAUAAGAAAUGGCAGUAUGUGACACAAAGUCAAGGUUUGUGAGCCAAUAGAAAUACGAUUGAUUUCAACCAGGAUAACAGUUUGAGAAAGUGGUGAAUAGUUGAGUUAGAGAGAAGAGCGCAGUGGAAGUGACUUCUUUGGGAAAUGAUUUACAUAACGGGUUGGCCAGAGCAAGGAUUUUGUGAAUAAUUUCAUUACGGGUGGGGCGGGGCAGGGCAGGGUGCUGUUGUGGAACCUCUGUCCCCCGACCGAUGCGAGGUGUCUCGUGGGUACUGGUGCCAUACGAGAGCAUUGCGGGUUUUGGCAAGGUUUUAUAAUACUGCUGUUAUAUGCAGGGACUGGGAUAACUAAAAAUGCAUAUGUAAGGGUUGGCAUGUGCGCUGCAACCCGAUACACGUAAAUACACUCGGACGCAUACACGGAAGCAUGCGCAUAGAACAUAUGCACAUGAAAAUAGACACACUCACAAUAGAUGCCAGACAGAUUUUAAAUUAAUGCAAGUAGUAUAUACAUGUAUGUACAUAUUGUCUAUGUGUGUAUAUAUUAUGUAUGUGUGAAUGUUAGUAUGGAUGUCUGUGUACAUAUAUAUAUAUGUAUAUGAAUAUAUAUAUAUAUAUACACACGCAUGAGUAAAUAUAAAUAUAUAUAUAUAUAUGUGUGUGUGUGUGUGUGUAUAUACAUAUGUAUAUGUGUGUGUGUGUGUAUUCAUUGGUUUCCUUGAACGGGUGGAAUGUCCUCAUUAUCGAGGUAACAGUAGCUUGUUACUCUGGAGUUAUGCCCCUUGUUAUCACAGGCGGUGACAAGAUUUAAGGGGAAAAAGUUGUAGGAUCUACAUACAUACAUGCAUACGUAUAUAUAUAUAUAUAUAUACAUACGCAUAUAUAUAUAUAUAUAAUAUAGGUGUGUGUUUUUUCUUUUAAAAAUGCUGCUAGAAUGCAAAUGAAGCUGUUAACUAAUGGCUCCAUAAACUAUCAGACAAAAUACUCCUUAAAUGGGAAAAGGGGGGAAAAAAGUAGACAGAAUAAGCUACAAGAAUCGAACCACAUGUCUGCUGUAUAUUGUAUAUAUUCUGUAUGUGUACAUACAUACAUACUACACACAUAGCCACACACACAUAUACAUGUAUGUAAUUCAA